AUGGCAGCCCUUGCUCAACCGCCAAGACACAUAAUCAUCGGCAUCGUCGCAUUCUUCCUUGUAGCUUGCUUCGAGCUGUUCACACCGCCGUCGACGACAUAUCGCACGCCAUCAUCAGAUUUUCCCUCGAGGAUCGACCGGUCGUCGCUCGCCGACGUCAGCCGCGUGGCCAACGGGACCCUAGGCUUCGAGAAGAUCUUCGUCGUGGGCCUCCCGGAGCGCAGCGAUAAACGCGAUGCUAUUGCGCUUACGAGCACCCUGACGGGGUUCGCGGUUGAUUGGGUCGAUGGGGUUAGAGGGGAGUCGGUGCCGGAUAAGGCGGUGCCGUUUGGUGCUGAUAGGAAGAAGUUGUGGGAAACGAACUUGGGGAGUUGGAGAGGACAUAUGAAUGCUAUUCGCAGGAUCGUCGAAGAGGACCUUGGAUCGGCUCUCAUCAUGGAAGAUGACAUGGAUUGGGACGUACGGCUUAAAACCCAGCUAGAGAGAAUCGCCCAAGGUGCCAGGGCUCUUCUCCCUUCCAUCUCGAACCCCAACUCUCCCUACGGCGACGAUUGGGAUCUCAUGUGGCUCGGGCACUGCGGCGAGGUUUUCCCCGAGACGCUUGACGAGAACAAGGAAAAACCCGCGGAUGACGCCGGCAUCCAAUACAUGUCGCGCAAAUUCGUCAUCGAGAACGACUCCACGGUGCCUCCCAGAGAUCGAGUCACCGGCCUCGUCAACUUCAAAAACCACCCCGAGUUUACGCGCUGGGUACACAUCACCGGCGCCCCCAUCUGCACGUUCGCAUACGCGCUUUCGCAAAGAGGAGCCCGGAAAGUCCUCCUAGACCUAUCAGUAGACCAUCUAACAGGCCCCUUCGACAACGCCCUCGCCGGACUCUGCCGCCGUGCGGUCUCAACAUGGGGCAUUGAAGACACCGCGAGAGCCGGCGACCGCGGGCUCGACGCAAAGUGCAUCAGCGUAACGCCUCCCGUGUUCUUCCACCACAAGGCCCGAGGUCUUGUGAACGCCGACAGCGACAUCCAGACCGUCCAGGACGGGCAGGUUCGGGAGAAAGGCAGCACAGAGAAUAUUGUCUGGAGCGCGAGGAAUAACAUUAAAAACAUGGUUAUGGGAACUGGGAUGGAGAGUCAGUAUGAAUAG